CGCGUGCCUCGGUCGAGAAAGGACGUGUGUGUGUCCGCCAUGUCUCUCCCCAUCCAACGCUACAGAUGCGCCGUGCCGCGAUGCCGCUGUAAUACUACAGAUAGCAAAGCGUUGCAAAAUGUCACGCUGUUUAAUAUUCCUAAGGAUGAGAGACGCACUGAAUGGAUAAAAGCAAUAAAACCGGAGAACCCCAGAAAAGCCAAUCUGAUGGUCUGCCAACUACACUUCGCCGACGAAGACAUCUGCACGAACACGAGGAGGCGCCGAGUCCUCUACGGCGCCGUGCCCACGCGCAACCUGCCCGAGUCCGACGACGAACCGGACCAACCAGCUCCACCAGAACAACCUACCGGAGACGAAGUCCUAGAAGAAGUGAAGACUGAACCAGACGAUGGGGCCAUAGUCGACUUGUUUACUGAAGAAGAAACGGUUGUGCAGACUAUACAGAAACGGUCAAUAGAAUCAGAUGACUUGAGUGAGAUACCUGUGAAACGGGAGAGAGAGAAUGAAGAUGAAAACGAAAUACGCCCGUCGUACAGAUAUGACGCGAGCUUCCCAAGACCAAUAAACAUUCAGGAACAUACAGAGGUUUUAGAUGAAAAGGUAUUUGAAUCCAAUUCAAAUGUCACCGAGAUAGAUUUGCUCGUCAAAUUAAGUAAAGCACACUUAAGCCCAGAACUCGCGAAGUUUGUAGAAGUGCAGGCGUUAUUGAAAAGCGAAUUAAAAGCUGCAACUAAGCUCAAGCGAUACAGUAAAGACGUGCUGUUUCUUGCGUUAAAGCUGUACCAUAAACACCCGCAAACUUAUCAGUUAAUGUGCGAGUCAUUCUUUCUGCCGCCGUUGCUGAAGAUUAAACAGCUGUGUAGGAAUUUGAAUUGGGAGAUGAAUGAUAGCUGGAUGGAGGUUCUCCGAGCGAAAUUUCAGUGUGCGUCGCUGAAGGAGCGAGAGUGCGUGGUGUGUGUAGCCAAAGUCAGGCUCUCGCUCGGCUUAUCGUACGAUCCGGUGCGCGACCGCAUGGCCGGCCUGUACGAGAUGAACGGUUCGCAACGACCUCGCACCGCGCGCUACGCCACUGUCGUUUACGCAAGAGGAAUCGUUUCCCGCUGGCGACAGCCUCUCUCCUACGUCCUCCUCCUCCGGAUUUAACGAGGAA